AUGGCAGAGAGAAUGAGCGAGAUUAAGCACUUUAGCCACAAAGAACAUCCAUUGAAGCUAAUUGGUAGUUUGGAGAUGGUUGUAGGUGGUGAUGAUGAAAAGAAAGAAACCGUUUGUUGUUAUGGAUGUAGAGAACCUAUAUUAGGUGGCUUUGCAUAUGGUUGCACCUCGUGUUCUCAUUUUUUGCAUGAGAAAUGCGCAAACCUUGCAACUGCUAUCUUUCACCAUUUCCAUCCCUUGCAUCCCCUUAUACUCGUUACUCGUACGUCUGAGGGUUGGAAUUGUAAUGUGUGCGAUAGUCGAGGACUGGUGAAGGGUUUUAGCUAUUGGUGUAUGAGUUGUGACUUUGAUGCAUGCACGAAAUGUGGUCUUGCUGUUGCACUCGUGGAGGAAGCAUUGAUCGAGUUUAAACAUGAAGGUCACCCGCAACACACUUUAACCCUUCAAUCAAGAUCUGCUUCAUUCCGAUAA